UCCUGUUUCCGGUCCCCUACCCCCACCUUUGACGAAGAUGGCGACCCGGGCGGAACGGGAGCGGCAGCAGCGGCAGAAUGAGCGGCACCAGGAACUACUCGGGGAGAUGCUGCUGGAAAGCCGGGAGUGUGCGGACUGCGGCGGCCGAGGACCAAGAUGGGCUUCAUGGAACCUGGGAGUGUUUGUGUGCAUUCGCUGUGCAGGUAUUCACAGAAAGCUUGGAGUUCAUAUCUCCAAAGUGAAAUCAGUCAAUCUGGAUCAGUGGACACCAGAACAGAUACAGUGCAUUCGAGAGAUGGGAAACUCGAAGGCCAAGAUAUUAUACGAAGCUCACCUCCCUGCUAACUUCAAGCGGCCACAAAUGGAUCAAGCAGUGGAGAGCUUCAUAAGAGACAAAUAUGAAAGAAAGAAAUACUUUGAUAAAAGUAUUAACAUUGCUGAAUUCAGGAAAGAAAAUAACAAAUGGAAGAAAGAGGGUGAAGCAAAGGAGACCAAAACUGCACAAGUUAUCUUUGAAAAAGUUAAAGUGCCACCAAAAAAGGAUGAGCAGCAAGUGAAAACCAGUCCUUCAACACCUGCUGGCCCAGUGAUUGAUCUACUGGGACUAGAUGCUCCUGCAGCAGCUCCUACCUCCAAUGGCACCACGAGUGUGAACACAGCACCAGCUGGUGAUCUGGACCUCUUUGGACCCAUGGUGUCUAAUCCAUUGCCUGAUUCCAGCCCUUUCCCACCCACACAGGUGUUGGCGUCCACUCCGCAGGAAGGAGCUGAAAAUCUGAACCUCUUUGCUGAGCCCAGUGUGAAACAGGAGGAUUCUGGAAAGAAGCAGCUUUCGAAGGAUUCCAUUCUGUCACUUUAUGGGUCACAGACCCAAGUUCCAACUCAAGGCACAAUGUUUAUGGCUUCUGCACAGGUGCCCUACGCUCCCUGUAUGCCAUCUGGUUACACCAAUUUCCCACCUGUGGGUAGUGCAGUAACACCAGCUGGCGGCAUGCUGAGUAAUGUAGGGCAGUCAAUGGGCAUGAUGGCCCCAGUGGCAAUACCAGGAGGAUAUGUAGGUGGUGUACAAGCUAGAGUAAUGGGCAUGCCCAGUGGGAUGAUGGCACAACAGGGAGCCUACAUGGGUGGAUUGGCCAUGCCUCAGCCGGUAUACGGGGUACAACAGGCACAGCAGCUACAAUGGAACAUCACCCAGAUGACUCAGCAGAUGGCAGGAAUGAAUUUCUAUGGUGCCAAUGGGAUGGUGAAUUAUGGACAAUCAUCAGUUCCCAUGGGAGCGGGAGCAGCUCCAGCAACUGGGCAAUCUCUGGGCACCCAGAUGUGGAAAUAACUGGACCAGAAGUAAACAAGGAAUGACAAUCGCUCUGUGUUUCAGAACCAUGGCUUCUUCUCUACUUCAGCCAGUUUGCUGUGUGCGAUCUCAACUCCAUUUUUGCCUGUAGAUCCUUCACAGACUUGGCGAGAAAUUCACCAUCAAAACAGCAGCCAUCAUUACCAAAGUCAAUUUUUAAAACCAAUAUUUUUUUCCCAAAGGUGGAUUCUUUGGGAGCGUGUUCCUUCAAACAAAGUGUGGGAGGGGUGUGUGAUCUUUGCUCAGUGCAACUUUAGCCACUUGUAAUUGUUUAAAUCUGUUUGCCAUUCAGUUUGUGACCCAAUAGCAACACAUCCCACCAUGCCUUGUUAUUAGUGCUGAUUUACAAUUGAUAUAUAGGGCUCUGAGAGAAAUGAUCAGGAGACAGCUAUUCAGUUUGUGACGAGCAUGAUAAUAAUGCAAAGGAUAAUUAUAAUUACUCAUGUCUUGUUAAUCAGCCUGAACUUUGUUAAACAGGAUGCAAAUGUAUGAACCGAAGCAUAUAUGUGCCUCACAUAUAACACAGGCCUCCUUCAACUGGGUUAAAAACCUUUGGUAAACGCACACCUCUUAAAGCUGUCUUAUUAGGUUAAUUGUUUGGCUGAUAACCAUUACGUAACUGGUAUUGUUUACAGUAAUUUAUAUAGUGCUGCUACAUUAACAGUUCAUCUGUUGAUUGGCACUGAUUCCAUAUUUAAAUUGUAACAGCUAGUUUGGAAUUUAGUUACAGAUUAGCAAAUCUUAGUUGGAGGAAUAAGACAGCACACAGGAAAUUGAGAACUUUCUUAUUCUAUAAUUUGUGACCAAUAUUAUCUAGCACAAGGUCCAAACGGGUUAGCUAAGACUUGACCCUCUGCCUCUCUGAGGGUGAAAUGUCUUGCUCAGUACAAAACCUAUCAGCUCACUCAUUAGCCAAUUAAUCUCAUCACAGGUCUGCUUUUAAACUGCAAACAAAGUGUUUAAGUGGAGCUCAGUGCAUUUUUGUGAGAAUGUUGAAUAAUAACAGAGGAAGAUCAAGAGUGGAGAGAUCUGCCAGUGUUUGAGAUUGGUAUUCAUGGAUUGUGGAUACAGGGCUUCAAGGCUAGAAUGAGGUAGAGAGGGAUAACAUUCGCAUACUUCCUUGGUCAAAUUACUUACUUUGUUAAUCUUAGGUCGGUGGUCUAUUUAAGCUAUUUGCAUUUUAGCAGAUUGGCUCUUUGGUUGAGGGAAAAGUUUAAAUGCACAAAUUUGAUUCUGUUUCUUCCAUCUUGUAGGUGGCUGAAGACAGAGGACUCAAGGUGGUGUUCUUGGUUGGUAUACUGAGCCUGGGUUGACAUGCACAGCACAUACUUGAAUUAUCAACACCUGACAUUGUGUGUGGAAGGGAGGAAGCACAGUGUUCACCGCAGGGUCAACACUUGAUGAUUUUCCCUGCAGUCACAAAUCUAUAUCCCAUUCUUCUCUCCUGACAAUCUCCCUCUCUCAAACUAUGAGUGUUAGACCACGCGCUAGCACUGAUCGGAGUUUAAUUGUACAAAAGAAGUAGCUAGUUUGAAAGACUUUGAACAGAUACUGUGAAACAACUGGAAGCAGAAUAUGGGGAAUGGCAUGUGGGAAGUAAAGCACCACACAUCUGUGCGAUUGUCUGAUCACCUGUAGCCAGUUUGAAUGGAGAGUGCCCUUUGAUUUCUUGUGUUUGGUUUUUAUUUUUUUGUGUGUUGGGAAAAGAUAGAAUUCCUUUUGCACUUAACAAUUACUUUGCUGCUUUAACUAAUUUCCAAAAGUGUUAAGGAGGAAUGCUGGGCAGUUAAGAGACCUGAUCCACUAAAGCACACCUCAUGGGAUUUCUCACGAGUUCGCUAAUUAGAUUUGGGGCAAAUGUCACGUUUACAAUUUUAGAAAUAUUGGUUUUUGCUGGGUCAUUACACCUGAAUAGGGAAUUCUAAAAAUGUAAUAUUUUUAACUCUCUGUUUAUAGCAUAUAUACCAGAACGUUAUGAUCUGUAGUUAAAGUUGUAAGUAGAUUAGGGCAGUUGUCUAAGGAACUGGUGAACGAGAGCUGGCUGGUGGAGCUCAGCUUUGGAUUUUCAAUUUUUUUUACAAAACUGACUCACUAAAGGCAAGUGGAGUGAACCUUUGCAUCCAGUAGUUAGUCAAACUGUAACAGUUUGGAAUCUACAUAGUCCUAAAGGAUAUUAAGUGAUUUGAAACACAGCAAAAACUUCCAAAUGCAUUGGCUUUUGUAAUGCAGACCCCAUUUAGGUUUGCUCUAAGUCUGAAAAAAUUCAGGAAAUAUUACCCUUACAUAAUCUGAAUUGUUGUUUGGCAAUAUUUGAAUCAUUUAAUAACCUAGUACAGAAUAAUUGGAAACUCAAAACUCAACUGAUGAUCGGCUGUGUGUUUCUCUGCUUCUAAUUUCUGAUUAACUAACGUGUAAAUGUUGGACUCAGGGUUUCAGGUCAAAAGGAAAUGUAAAAUUGGCAAGGAUCUGCCGUGAAAAUGCCUAUACUUUGAGCUGUGAAUGAGAAUACUGUUUACAGAAUGCAAUGUUUAUCUUGUACUGAAGUAGUAUGAUUAUCAGUUGAAUUCUCCCUAUAGCAUUUCCGCAUGUAAUUCCCAGCGGUGAGUGGUUGCCUCUGUUUUUGGUACUGUAAUUUUGGUGGUAGGUCUUUGGAUUUCACAAAAGUCACUGUUUACUAUCUCUCAUAUUGAUGUUCUCUCCAUUUGGUUUUAGUUGAGCAGUCGGCAGUACUUGUGGAGUGUAAUGAACUGUGUAAUUGUUUUGAUUUCCCCAAUUCCAGAGUAGACUGCUGUGUGGGGCGUGUGACCUCUGCUCUGUGGGUCUGUUUCUCUCCCUGCUUCAUGCUGCAUCAAGAGUUGAAUCCCUGCCCUCUUUGCCCCUUGGGCUGAUAGUGUAGUCUGGACCCCGUUUUCUAUGUUCGCUGAAUUGAGCAAGUGGUCUGAGUUCAUUCUUCUAUCUGGUCAUAAAAAGGUGCAUUCAAACUGCAGUUAUUUCCAAAUUCAAAGCCACUUUUAUAUAGAUGCAGGUCUUCUGUGUGUUUGUGUGUGAGAGAAAGCUCACUUUCACAAGUUCUCCCAAGUUUUCUCCUUUGAAUCGACUGUGUAAUUCCUGAGGGAGAUUGACAGAUGUUGGUAUUCCCCACAAUCUGGAUUGAAAUGGCAUUGAUAUAAAAGAGGUUUAUGUACUGUCCUGUUAAUGACUGAAUGUUCACUUGCAUCCGUGAUGAAGUAGGGCAGGGAAUUAAAAUCCUUGUCUUCUGGGUAUUGGUGAUGUUCAGGAGAGGUUCUAGAUGAAGCUUUAAUGUUUGGAUGAAACUUUAAUGUGUUAUUUAGAGAUAUAUGAAUAUAUUAAUAUAAAGCUGAUGUGUGCUAUUUUUAUGAGGCUUUUUUAUAUAAAACAAAUUCCUGUAUAUUAACAGUGCUGCAAAAAAUUAAUACCAUUUAUAUAUCUUAGGAAGGUCAACUUGUGUGGCCAGUAAAGAGAGAUUAUACAAUACCAAUUUUCAAUGCACAAUUGAGACAGUACUCCAAAUAAGUAAAAUGGCAAUUGCGCUUUAAGCUAAAGAGAGAAUAAUAGUUAUACAGAGCUCAGGGGGUAAAAGGCAUUAUUUUGUUAUAGUUAACUUUGGCACGAUGGUUUGUACCACACACAUCUCACAUGGUGGCUGAUUAAGGUAUGCAGGUUUUUUGGGGGGCAUGUGGCCCUAUCCAAAAAUACUCACUCAUUUAUGUUACUGGAAUAUAAAGGAUAACUUUGUGUUAGAUUGGAAAUUGAAAAUUAUUUUUAGAAUACACAAGUUGUGUUUUUUGAACUCUACCCUUUUCUGCUUGCUGUUCUGCGAGUUUCCUGUUCAUUGAUUGGAAGAAUGGUCCAGAUACUUGCAGCAAUGUUUGUUCCCAGAGUCAGUUCUGUCAGGAUGGGUCAGAGAUCGUUUUUUUUUUUAAAAGGGUCAUGGGUUGACUGGUUUAAGACCAAGGGACAUGAACUUUGAACCGCUGUGCUGUUUUCAUUUCCAGCCUCACCAUCACUUGGCUGCUAACUGCCAUUGCCACAGACUGCUUUGUCUGCAAUCAAUUCUGAACCAUUAUGAAGCUCAAUGUUAUUCCUGUGCAGUGGCACUCAUCCAAAACCAUUUUAAUCUUUUGAUAUUGUUUGUCUACUGAAUUGCUUGGGACCAACUCAAUAUUCAGCGUGAGGCAAAGUGUUACUUUGUGCUCCCCAUCAUACACUCUGAUUUAACUGAGAAUUUGCUAUGCUGUUAGUGCACAAUUCCAUUCUUCAUUGUAAGCAUGGCCAGCAAUGGAAUAACCUAUCUGUGAAUGUUUCCAUAUUCUGGUUUUCUGCUUCCAGCUCUGUCCUGUACAAUAUAAAUAAAUAUAUUCUCAUUGUAAUAUAAAGCUUGAGGGGAAAUGGAAAAUAAAGAUUUUAUUAAAGUUUUACUUUGUAUACUGAAA